AUGAUGGGAGAUUCGGGGACGGGGAGGAUCGGAGACGGGGGAUGUCGAGGAUGGGGAAGGUCGGAUACCGGGAAGCCCGGGGACGAGGAAGACCGGGAACCGGGACAGUUGAGGACGGAAAACUCGGGGAAGGAGAAGGUCCGGGGUGAGGAAAAUCGGACAAGGGGAAAAAUGAACGAGAAGUUAAGUGGUCAUCAACUUGGCACAACAGUCAUCUUCGAUUUGGAAGGUCUCAGCACCGAUAUGCUGUCCAGAUCGGCCAUUAAAAUGAUCACUUCGAUGCUCAGUCAAUUGCAGGUUUGCUCCCGUUAUUUUGAGGCAGUUGAAUAA